GCAGCCCUGUUAUCUAUACCGCGGCGAAGUGACCAAUAGAAUUUCGGAGAAAUUAACUGGGCGGCGUCUUUGAUCUACGACAGCCACGCCUCCACGAUACAGCAGCGCGAGAGAGCCUGUCACCUGGUCGCUGCCAUGCGCGCGAUAGAAAGUUACACAACAGUUUAUGAGGAACCGUCUCCGAAGUGAAGGGAACGGUCUGCUGCAGCGCCUGGGUGCCCGGCAAAGCCUGAAGCCUGAAGCCUGCUUACAGUUGCGAUGGAGCCUGUAAGCAAAGAUGCGAAGACCAACCCGGCGGCUUCGGCGAGUGUUCUCUCGCAGAUCUUCUUCUGCUGGUUGAACCCCCUGUUCCGCAUCGGGUACAAAAGAAGGCUCGAGGAAGAUGACAUGUUCAGAGUGCUUCCUGAAGAUGGGUCCAAAAGACUAGGAGAGGAACUUCAAAGCUAUUGGGACCGUGAAGUUCAGAUGGCAACCAAAGAGCUCAGAACUCCUAAACUCACCAAAGCCAUUGUGAAGUGCUACUGGAAGUCGUAUGCCGUUCUUGGCAUAUUCACCCUUAUUGAGGAAGUUAUUACAGUGGUGCAGCCAGUGUUUCUGGGCAAGCUGAUUCAGUACUUUGAGAAAUAUAACCCUGAGGACAUGGGUGCACUGUAUGAGGCCUAUGGCUAUGCUGCUGGGGUCUCUCUUUCCACAUUGGGCCUUGCACUUCUACACCACCUCUACUUCUACCACGUCCAAAGAGCUGGCAUGAAGAUUCGUAUCGCCAUGUGCCACAUGAUCUACAAGAAGGCUUUGUGCCUUAGCAGCGUCGCUAUGGGACAGACCACCACGGGACAGAUUGUUAACCUCUUAUCUAAUGAUGUCAACAAGUUUGAUGAGGUAACAAUUUUCUUGCACUUUCUUUGGGUGGGACCAUUGCAAGCUGCAGCUGUUAUCGGCCUUCUAUGGCAAGAGAUCGGACCAUCUUGUCUGGCGGGUUUUGCGGUGCUUGUCUUUCUGAUGCCACUGCAAACAGUGUUUGGACGUCUUUUCUCCAAAUUCAGGAGUAAAACAGCAGCUUUUACUGACAGCAGAAUACGCACAAUGAAUGAAGUGGUGUCUGGGAUUCGCAUCAUUAAGAUGUAUGCCUGGGAAAAGCCUUUUGCAGCCUUGGUCAAUGAUGUCAGAAAGAAAGAGAUUUCUAAGAUCAUGAGCAGCUCCUACCUACGAGGCUUGAAUAUGGCCUCUUUCUUUUCGGCGAGCAAGAUUAUCGUGUUUGUGACGUUCACUGUGUACGUGUUGGUGGGGAACACGAUCUCAGCCAGCCGUGUGUUUGUAACAGUGUCGCUGUACAGUGCCCUCCGCCUCAGAGUCACGCUCUUCUUUCCUUCGGCUAUCGAGAAAGUGUCUGAGGCCUCUGUCAGUAUCCGCAGGAUCAAGAAGUUCCUUUUGCUGGAUGAGAUGGUUAAGCACAGUGUGCCAUUGCCUCAAGAGGAGAAAAAGGAAGCGUCACUGGAGAUCCAUGACCUCAUCUGCUACUGGGACAAGAGUCUGGACGCUCCAACGCUGCAAAACGUGUCCUUCACCGUGAAGCCAGGACAGUUGCUUGCUGUGAUUGGCCCGGUUGGGGCAGGAAAGUCUUCUCUGCUCUGUACCAUUCUGGGGGAGCUGCCCCAGGAUAAAGGGGUCAUAAAAGUUAAAGGGGAGUUGACCUAUGCUUCCCAGCAGCCCUGGGUGUUUCCAGGGACAAUCCGCAGCAACAUCCUGUUUGGGAAGGAGCUGGAGCUGCACAAAUAUGAGAGAGUUCUGAAGGCCUGUGCUCUUAAAAGGGACAUGGAGCUUCUACCUGAGGGGGACCUGACUGUGAUAGGAGACCGAGGGGCAACUCUGAGUGGAGGACAGAAAGCUCGGGUUAACCUGGCCAGAGCUGUGUAUCAAGAUGCUGAUAUUUACCUGUUGGACGACCCCCUGAGUGCAGUGGAUGCAGAGGUGGGCAGACAUCUGUUUGAACAGUGUAUCUGUGGUGUUUUAAAGAAGAAACCGAGGAUCUUAGUCACUCACCAGCUGCAGUACCUGAAAACAGCUGAUCAUAUCCUGGUUUUGAAAGAAGGUCACAUGGUGGCACAGGGCACAUACUCAGAGCUGCUACGUUCAGGUGUGGACUUUACCUCUCUGCUAAAGAAGGAUGAGGAAGAGGAGACUGGAGAAUUUUUCCGCACUCGGACCCUCUCGCAGAACUCCGUUCGCUCACGCACCUCAUCAGUGAUGUCCGAUAAAGAUGAUUCCGAGCAACUACCGGCAGAGCCUGUCCAGACCAUGGCAGAGGAGAGCCGUUCUGAGGGGAACAUUGGGGUUCGCAUAUAUCUGAAAUACUUGACUGCUGGAGCCAACAUUCUUGUACUGGUCGGCUUCAUACUGCUCAAUCUGCUUGCACAGGCGUCCUAUAUUCUUCAAGACUGGUGGCUUGCUUACUGGACUUCAGAGCAAGAGAAACUGGAUAUGCUCAACCGCAACCUUACCUUCACCAACAGCAUUAACGGCAGUCUUGACCAGAAUGUUACUCAACAGCUCUCUCUUGACUUUUACCUGGGCAUUUAUUCAGGUUUGACUGUGGGCACCGUCAUCUUUGGCUUCAUGCGCAGUCUGAUGAUGUUUAAUGCUCUGGUGCGCUCUGCUCAGACGCUCCACAACCGCAUGUUCAAUUGCAUCCUGAGGACUCCUGUCCGCUUCUUUGACAUAAACCCUAUUGGAAGAAUCCUGAACCGUUUCUCAAAGGACAUUGGACACUUGGACUCAUUACUUCCCUGGACAUUUGUGGACUUUAUCCAGGUGUUUUUGCAGAUUAUAGGUGUCAUCGCUGUGGCUGCUUCAGUCAUCCCGUGGAUUAUGAUCCCUGUGCUGCCCCUGCUUAUAGUCUUCCUGUUCCUGCGGCGCUACUUUCUGCAGACCUCCCGUGAUGUCAAACGCCUUGAAUCGACUACUCGAAGCCCUGUAUUUUCCCACCUGUCGUCCUCACUGCAAGGCCUUUGGACUAUUCGUGCCUUCAAGGCUGAGGAAAGGUUCCAGCAAACCUUUGAUGCUCAUCAGGAUCUGCACUCAGAGGCUUGGUUUCUGUUCCUGACUACAUCACGCUGGUUCGCUGUGCGCCUGGAUGGAAUGUGUUCCGUGUUUGUUACCAUCACUGCCUUUGGAUGCAUUCUGCUGAGACACAAUCUGGAGGCAGGCGCUGUAGGCUUGGCCUUGUCAUAUGCAGUCACCCUGACAGGUAUGUUUCAGUGGGGUGUGAGACAGAGCGCUGAAGUGGAGAACAUGAUGACUUCUGUAGAGAGAGUGGUGGAAUAUACUGAGCUCGAGAGCGAAGCACCAUGGGAAACACAGAAACGACCUCCUCCUGAAUGGCCUAGUCAGGGCAUGAUCACCUUUGACCGGGUCAAUUUCUCCUACAGUUCUGAUGGGCCUGUGGUCCUCAAAAACAUGACAGCAAUGUUUAGACCCAAAGAGAAGGUUGGUAUCGUUGGUAGGACUGGUGCUGGAAAGAGCUCUCUGAUCUCUGCACUGUUCCGCCUGGCAGAGCCGGAGGGCAAGAUCUAUGUGGAUGGCAUGUUGACCUCUGAGAUUGGCCUACAUGACCUACGCCAGAAGAUGUCCAUCAUCCCACAGGAUCCUGUGUUAUUCACUGGCACAAUGAGAAAGAACCUGGACCCCUUCAACGAACAUUCAGACGAGGCCCUGUGGAACGCUUUAGAGGAGGUUCAGCUAAAAUCUGUGGUAGAGGAGUUGCCCAGUAAGCUGGAGACAGUUCUGGCUGAAUCUGGUUCUAACUUCAGUGUUGGCCAGCGGCAGCUUGUUUGUCUGGCCAGAGCCAUCCUGAGGAAGAACCGCAUCCUCAUCAUUGAUGAGGCCACAGCUAACGUCGAUCCAAAAACAGAUGAGCUCAUUCAGAAGACCAUUCGGGAGAAGUUCCAGGAGUGCACUGUCCUCACCAUCGCACAUAGACUGAACACAAUCAUAGACAGUGACCGCAUACUGGUUCUCGAUGCGGGCCGGAUCCAUGACUAUGAUGAACCUCAUGUCCUCCUCCAGAACCAGGAUGGAAUCUUUUACAAGAUGGUGCAACAGACAGGAAAGGCGGAGGCAGCCUCCCUAAAGCAGCUGGCAAAACAGGCGUAUAUGAACUGCAGUCGGCCCAACCUGUCCAAUGGUCUGACCUCUAGCAAAGAGGCUAGCCUGGUUAUCUUCGAAACGGCCCUGUAAGGGCCUAGUGGCCGCUGCUCAAGGGUUGCCCACUACACAUCUCUCUAUGGAGCCAUUGGAGGCAUAUCUUUGCCCUAUCCACAACACUCACCCCUCUUCACGGACAGGAUUAAAACAGAGGGACAACGCACACCCAGAGUACACAGGCUCAUGCUGGAUACAUACAUACCUGAGCUUGAGAGAGGAAAAGGCUCAUCAAGAGAAUAAUCAACCAAGAUCAAGGCUGUCCUGCACUUCUCCAGGCAUUAGAUUGUACCUUCUAAACCAGCACUCUGACUACUUGUAAUGAUUUCACUGCUCACUUUAGUGAUGCGUCAAAGUAUGUGCCUUAUCAUCUACCAGGAUUGCCUGAGAUGUGCUGAGAUUUUAUAUAGCCAAAGUUCCCAGGGAAUUAAGCUCUUUCAUAGAAGCAGAUAGCAGCCUCUUCAACUUAAUAUUAACUGCUUCUUUCAUUAUGCUGUUGCCUUCAGUCCCCUGACUAUAUAGUUAAUGGUAUUGCUGGAUAUUUUUUUACUGCUUGUAGAAGCAUUAUUUAUUACUAUUAUUAUUGCUUUUGAAAUAUGUAUUUCUUUAAAUUUCGUUAAAUUCUGUCAAAAGGUGACUUUUUUUUUUUUUAUCUAAAACUAGUCCAAGCCAGACUAGUCCUAAGUCCUAGUCCUACUAAAUAAGUGCACUGUGGUAAAUCAACAUUUUUAAGUAUACAGUCCACAAGAAAACCUUGAAAUGUUUUGAUGGGAUCACAGUACCCUCUGAUUAUUACUGUGGCCUUGUGACCGAAUGGAAGUAAAAUGUAAAACAGAGAAUAUUUCAGGAAGAGCUUGUUCUUCAACAUCUUUACCAUCUAGUCCAUCUCUCAAAAAAAUCAAUCACUGGGAUAGAAACAAUGGCACAGUAGGCAUUCCUUAGUUCGUUCUGGCCCAACUCAUUAGACACACUUACAAAUCACCAGCAUAGGGCGUCCUUUGUCUUGUAACUGUGUCUAUGAUUCUCAUGUGCUGCCUUUUUGCUCAGGAUAAAUGUCCAAGAAUGACCACUCUCUUCUACAGUGCUUUUUAUUAGACACUGGACCCCACAUACUAAGUAAAUAUAUAAAUAUACAUAAAUAUUGUACACUUUUUGUGUCUAGUUUCAAAAUUACAUUUCAGAGUGAUAGUGAAUCUAGAAUUAUUUUUCCUGAUAACGUCUAUUUGAUGCUGUAUUGUAUCCGUGCUAAAAAGAAAAACCAAAUAUCUGUUUACAUUUGUCCAAAAAUUUUAUUUAGCUCCCAAGACGCAGAAUAUGCUUUUUUCUUUUUUUUCUUUUACAAGUGAGAAUAAUUUUAAUCACGUUAAUAUCCACCGAUGGAACCGUUUUUUUUGUUUUGUUUUUUUUGCUAGUUUGUGCCUUAAAGACUGUUCCAUAAGAUGCCCGUGUUGUGUGUUUUCUGUUGAAAACACUGUUCAGUAGCUGAUAUCAUUAUUGGGAUUUGUGAAUUUGAAAGGGACAGCAGGUAUGAAAAUGUACAAAGGUUUGUGCCUUUAUUGUGAGCUAGUUUGCUCAGCUGUUGCACUACCAGUCUUCCUCUUAAUCCUCUAUGGGUUGACUUGAACAGGACCAAAUUAUUUUCUUUGUCUUGAUUAUUUGUAUAUUUUUGAAGAGAGUGCCUGUUGAAGAGAAAUGAUUGUUAUUCAGUACAGUUCGUUUUUAGAACAUUGGACGUCAUCAGGCAAAGUUUUUGAUGUUGAAGAUUACUGCGUACAAAAUUAUUUGAACUGUCCAAUUAUUUCUGCUCAGGUUGGCAUAAAUGAGACAGAAACUGAAUCCUCAAGCAGCUCACUUUCAACCACAAAAUCUCUGAUUAAUUGUUGCACUGGGUCAGCCUACCUGGAGUUUUCUCUGCUGAAAGUCUUGCUUGUAUUAUAGACUGUAUCAAUGCAAUUGUCUGUCCUGUGUUCUUAUUUUGUGGAAAAUUCUUUGGUUAAUGUUUAAACAUACACAUUAUUAAAAGGGGCAAUGUGCAGUUUCUUGCCUGUGCAUGACAACAAA